UAGGGUUGUAUAAUGGUGUAAACAGCUGGAGGUGGUCUCUAGAAGAUAUGGACUACUAUGGAGAGGCUGAGUUUAAGAACUGGGACAGUUCAGAUGGUAAAUUGCCUGAUCACCACUGUGUAGUGACAGGAGAGUAUGGGACGUGGUGGGAUGACCGUUGCAUCAUAAAAUACUACUCGGUCUGCUACAACGGUGAGAAAAUGUUACUCUUUGUGUUUACAGCUCUGUUUUGUACAAUCAGAACAUUUAAAAAAUAGGAAAUGACAUCAUAACUUAACAAAUACUCUAACAUGCAUAUGCAGUGACACCAUAUAAACAUUAUUGAAAACAAGUAUAGAUUUCUUGUGAAAUAUUUACCUUGACAUCAAGAAUGCAUUCAAUAAUUGCAGGAAAGACAACCAACAUUUCUGAGAGGUUCAUCUUGUCAAAUGAAAGUAUGACGUGGGAUGAAGGGCAGAGCUACUGCAGACAGCACUACACAGACAUGGCCAGUGUGAGGAACCUGGCUGAGAGCAGGAAGAUAGGGAACAUGGUACCGAAGGGAAACUGGGUGUGGAUCGGCCUGUUCAGAGACUGGAGCUGGUCGGACCAGAAUAACUCUUCAUUCAGAUACUGGCGUUCUAGAGCACCCAAUAAUCGCUACGGGAACUGUGUGUCGGUGAUUGGUAAAUCAGGCACAUGGGCAGACUACACAUGUGGAACAAAACUUCCCUUUUGCUGCUACAGUGUCUUAGUGAAGAAGACACAGCAGGUGGUGAGCGUGAAGCUGACCAGAACAUGGACCUGACUGAUCCUGACGUACAGGAAGCCAUCUUGCAGCAGGUGAGUCUCACCUUCUCUUCCUCUUUUGAGAGAUUAGAGCCACUUUAGUACAAGUGAUAAAGGGUUACUGCAGUACCUGGCCAUAUAUAUAUAUACAAUUAACUACACAUUUACCUGUCAUCUAUAACGACCAUCACAACUACAUCUUGGCGCUCCGGAACCGCUUGCCGUGUGGUUGCAGAGAGUUCAAGUAACACACAUAUCUCAACAUCAACUGUUCAUAGGAGACUGUGUGAAUCAGGCCUUCAUGGUUGAAUUGC